AUGGCGACCCCGUCGCACGGCAUCCCCCUCCGCGCGCUCCUCCUCGCCCUGCCCCUGCUCUCCCUCCUCCUCAUCCUCUUCCAGCUCCUCCACCGCCCCGCUGCCCCGCCCCUCCGAACCCACACCCACACGCCGCCGGCGGCGUCGAACCGCGCGGAGGAGGUGAAUUUCCCUUACCCCUCCUCAUCCUCCUCCUUGCCUCCCCCGGCGCCGGAGGAGGAGGCGAUGACGCUGCGUCACGUGGUGUUCGGCGUGGCCUCCUCCCGCCGCACGCUGCUGCUGCGGCUCCCGCUCCUCCGCCUCUGGCUCCGCGCCCCGGCCCGCGCCUUCCUCUUCCUCGACGCGCCGGUGACCGUCCCCGCCUCCGACCUCCCGCCCGGCCUCCGCCUCCGCGUCUCCACCUCCGCCUCCCGCUUCCCCUACUCCCACCCUCGCGGCCUCCCCUCCGCCGUCCGCGUCGCGCGCAUCGCCAAGGAGCUCGUCACUGAACUCAAGGAGGAGCCGCCGCCGCGCUGGCUCGUGCUCGCCGACGACGACACCGCCUUCGUCCUCCCCAACCUUCUCCACACGCUCCUCAAGUACGACUGGCGCGAGCCGUGGUACCUCGGCGCGCGGUCCGAGUCCGCGGCGCAGAACGCGUGGCACGGCUUCGCCAUGGCAUACGGCGGCGGCGGCAUCGCCGUCAGCUGGCCGCUCGCGCGGCGCCUCGCGCGCGCGCUCGACUCCUGCGUCGUCAGGUACCCGCACCUCUACGGCAGCGACGCCAGGAUCUACGCCUGCCUCACCGAGCUCGGCGUUGAGCUCACUCAUGAGCCGGGCUUCCACCAGAUCGAUCUUCAUGGGGAUAUUUCCGGGCUCCUAAGAGCACAUCCACUUUCGCCUUUAGUUUCACUGCACCAUCUUGAUCACGUGUAUCCUCUUUACCCUGGUAUGGAUCGCACAAGAGCAAUGGAACAUUUCUUCCGAGCUGUUGAUGCUGAUCCAGCCAGGAUCCUGCAACAAACAGUGUGCUAUGACCGUUCAAGAUCGCUUACAGUAUCAGUUGCAUGGGGCUAUUCAGUUCAGGUGUUCAAAGGCAAUGUACUGCUCCCUGACCUCCUCGCUGUGCAGAAGACAUUUGUAUCAUGGAAAAGGGGUCGCAAUGUUACAGAUAUGUAUAUGUUUAACACAAAACAUUACCCCAGAGAUGAGUGCAAAAGAGCAGCUCUUUUCUUCCUGAAAAGUAUUUCUUCAGGUGAAGGCAAGACAGAAAACACUUACAAUAGACAGCCACCUAAAAAAUGCUUGCCUGAAUUGAUCCCAUUGAGGAGUAUACGUCUAAUAAAAGUGACAUCCGAACAACUGCAUCUGGAUCCUGGGAAGGCCUUAAGACGACAUUGUUGUGACAUCGUACCUUCUUCAUCUGAUACCACCAUGGAUGUUAACAUCAGAAAAUGCAAAGAUGAUGAGUUGAUCGCGAUGCAUUCGUAGUAGUUCUCUAAUCCUAUGGGAUGCUCAUCUGUUGUACAGGUCAUCCACCCCAACUGUGUCCUGACACCAAGCCAUGCACUGUGAAUCGUCAUGGAGCAACACCAUACAAUCAUAGUAUAGACAGAGACAGGGUCAGUUAGAAUCUUUUUCCCUUCAAAUAGCAGAGUUUGGGCAUCAUGAUUUAAUUGUUCUAUAGUCUGACAUGUAACUUGAGGAAAAAAUAAGCAAGCAGACGUUAGUGUGGUUAUUUUUGCCGAAAAGGCUGCUUCCAGUUAAUACAGCUUAUACAGAUCUCUUUUCUUUUUCGAGGGAAGUUCAGAUAGAUCUUGGAAAUGCGAAAAAUACACUUCAUUUCUUA